CGCGGAAUCGAUUCAAAACAUUGCCUUUUUGCGUGAUAUCAGUGACUGUUGUUUGUACAGAAAACAGGAAAAUUCGCGUUUAUUUUCUGCGUUUCUUUGUGAAAAUAUGUUAAAAUAUUAAAAUUAUUUUCUGUAACUAAAAAUGGCCUGCACCGCGGCGGAAAUCGCCGAAAAGAAACGAAUCGCCAUCGAACGGUUAAACGCGCGCAAAAAUGCCCUGGCCACCACAUCCAGCAGCACGGCCAAACCACCUCAACAACAGGUUCCAAAGCCCACCAAACCCAUCUUCCCGCUGCCCGAGAAGCAGAGGCAGGCGAUGGCCCUGGCGAGCAGCUCGUUCUACGGGUCAAGUUCCGUCGGAGGUAAAGCACCAUCCUCCUUCGCCAAUGGUAGUGCCCGCUCGGCCGCCCAUCCGUACAGUAAGCCGAGCUUUGGGAAGGCGCAGACAGCGAAACCUGCCGCGCCCCCGGUGGCACCGGUCUUCAUACGGACGGUCACAUGUUCGUGUUCGAUGGUCACGGAAAUGCGAUUUACUGUGGUGCCGUCCGGGUUUAACGAGAAGCUGAUCGAGGUGUUUAAGAGCAUUAGGUCGAAGCAGUACGAUCCCGGCACGAAAAACUGGACCUUUGACGUGAAAGACUACAGCAUGGUACAGGAACGCGUCACGGCCCUCAAUCCGCACGUCUCCAUUGGGCCCAUCCCACCCUUUGUGCUGCGAAUCUUCAACGGCCAACGAUCGAAACCUAGCCGCGCUUGUUUGAGCGCGAUUGAACCCACGUUGGCCGCCAGCUUGCUGGAGUUUCAAAAGGAGGGCGUUUGUUUCGCCAUUGAAAAGGGUGGCCGGGCUAUGAUCGCGGAUGAGAUGGGACUGGGGAAGACGUAUCAGGCGAUUGCGGUGGCGGAUUUUUACAAGGAAGAUUGGCCACUGCUGAUUUGUACAACCGCCUCGACGAGAGACGUUUGGGCGGCGAAGAUCAGGCAGUUGCUGCCAUCCGUUCCGGUGCACAACAUUGUCACGCUGCAGAGUGGGCAGGACUACAUUGGGGAAGCGCGGGUGCUGAUCACCAGCUACUCGAUGAUGGAAAAGAGCGCUGAAAAGCUGCUGGCUCGGAAUUUUGGCUUCGUCAUCAUGGACGAAUCGCACACGCUUAAAAACUUCAAAGCAAAGUGCACGGUUGUGGCGACGGAUCUUGCCAAGCAGGCGAAACGGGUAAUUUUGCUGUCCGGAACGCCGGCCCUUUCCCGUCCGCUGGAGCUCUUUUCGCAAGUAUCGAUGCUGGAUCGAAAGUUUUUCGCGUUCCGCGAGUACAGCGCCCGCUACUGCGCCGGCAAGCAAACCCAGUUUGGUUGGGACGCCACGGGGCAGUCGAAUCUGCCGGAGCUGAACCUGCUGCUGGCGGCCAAGUUCAUGAUUCGCCGGACCAAGCAGGACGUGAUGAGUCAGCUGGCGGAGAAGAGCCGCGAAACGGUGCUGCUGGAUCCGUCGCUGCUGUGGACCAACCAGGAAAUGGAGGAGGACCUGCAGACGUACGCGGCGGACUACUCGAUCAGUAAGGGCAAGCAGCGCGAGGAGAUUAUGUUCAAGUAUUACAACGCGACGGCCGAGGCGAAGGCGCCGGCGGUUUGUGCGUACCUGCAGAAGGUGCUAAAGGAGGGCCAAAAGUUCCUCAUCUUUGCGCACCACAUCAAGAUGCUGGACGCGGUCUCGCGGGAGCUGGACAAACUCAAGGUGGACCACAUUCGGAUUGACGGGACGACGCGGUCGGACGUGAGAUCGGAAUUGGUCAACAAAUUUCAAACCAAAGACGCUUGCCGAGCGGCGGUCCUCUCGCUGAAGGCGUGCAACGCCGGAAUAACCCUGACGGCCGCCCAGCUGGUCAUUUUCGCCGAACUCGACUGGAAUCCGAGCACCCUCGCCCAGGCGGAGAGUCGCGCCCACCGGAUCGGCCAGGAGGGCGCGGUGCUGGUGCGCUACCUGCUGGCCAAGGGCACCGCCGACGACAUCAUCUGGACGAUGCUGCAGAAGAAGCAAACGGUGCUGAACAAGGCGGGCCUGUGCAACGAGGACUUUUCCGACUCGACGCACGUGGACGCGCCCUGCUCGGCGGGGAACAUUGAGCCGUAUCUGGAGAAGGGAAGCAAGGCGGGCGGACCGCUGGAUGGGUUGGUAACGAAAAAGACUGAUGAGCGGAAGGGGGAGGAAGAGUUUCGGAACAUGCUGGAUGACGGCGAGGACGACGAUUUGGCGGGGUUGGAGUUCUAGAAAGGUUGUUUUUUUUAUUGUGAGCUUGUUUCAAUGUUGCAAAAAUAAACUCGGUUAACAGAAUAUGCUUAAA